AAGUCACUCGUGAGUGACAAAUUAUGGUAAUUUCCUUGAUAAUUUGAUCCUCAUUCCAUUCUCCAAUUCCUGAAAGUCUAAAUGAGUACAAAGAAAGAAUGCCAUCUCUAAAAAUAGCUUUAAAUAUAUUUUCCCCAGAGUCAAGAAUAGAUUUUUUUAAAGAAAUGUAAUAAUGAUUCAGAUGUAUCAUUCACUACCAAAUAUAUGUUAUCAUCAGACAUUAGAUGAACUUUCUUUGUAGUUUUCUUCCAUUAAACAGUAACUUUAAAGCCACCCUGCUAGCUUGCUAGAUUUUAGUAGGUCAGCAUACACACCAAAAGUGUAUUAAGGUGGACUGUUCUCUGUAUUGAUUUUCCAUGGAUCUGCUAAGGACUCCGGGCAAUUGUCUGCGAAGGGGGCGGGAGGCCCAUACAUGAUCCAGGUCAUGCGCAUCUAGCCAAUUUGUAAGACGAUCCCACCGCCCAAAGCCAUCAGCAGUCCUUAGCAUAGGGGCACACUCAUGCAUUCCUGUCAAGUCAUCUUGUGAAAGCCUGCCUGCUUCCAGCUUGGCUUGGAUGUGCAACCUUAAUAAAACUCACUGAGGUCUGGGAGAAAAUAGCAGAUCUGCAGCAGAUAGGGUAGAGGAAAGGGGCUAGAAUAUGUACACGCAGCUGACUGGGCAGGCUCUACGCGGCUGCUGCACGGUUACACAGAGAGGAAACAAUAAAUCUCAGCGACUAUGCAAUAAAUAUCUCAAGUUUUAACGAAGGAAACUCUCAUUACAGUGAAAUAAAAAGAAAUUAUACGUUUAUGUAACAUUUUAGAACAAAGCUAACAAAUGGCUAGUUUCCUAUGAUUCUUCUUCCAACGUUUGCUUUGAGGAGGCAAAACAAAACAAAACAACAACCACCAGUCAAACAAGCAAGCAGUUUUACCUGAAAUAAAGAGCUAGUGUAAAGGUCAGAAGAGAAGGCGCGAGUUUUGCGGGAGAGGCACGGAAGGCGAGCGCGGUGGCUGUACCAUGACAGUUUUCCUUUCCUUUGCUUUCUUCGCGGCGAUUCUGACUCACAUAGGGUGCAGCAACCAGCGCCGAAGUCCAGAGAACAGUGGGAGAAGAUAUAACCGGAUUCAACAUGGGCAAUGCGCCUACACUUUCAUUCUUCCAGAACACGACGGGAACUGUCGGGAGAGUACCACGGACCAGUACAACACCAAUGCUCUGCAGAGAGAUGCUCCGCACGUGGACACGGAUUUUUCUUCCCAGAAACUUCAACAUCUGGAGCAUGUGAUGGAAAAUUAUACUCAGUGGUUGCAAAAACUUGAGAAUUACAUUGUGGAAAAUAUGAAGUCGGAGAUGGUCCAGAUACAGCAGACGGCAGUGCAGAAUCACACAGCCACUAUGUUGGAGAUAGGAACCAGCCUCCUAUCUCAGACAGCAGAACAGACCCGAAAACUGACAGAUGUUGAGACCCAGGUACUAAAUCAAACUUCUAGACUGGAAAUACAACUGCUGGAGAAUUCUUUAUCAACAUACAAGCUAGAGAAGCAACUUCUUCAACAGACAAAUGAAAUUCUAAAGAUUCAUGAGAAAAACAGUUUAUUAGAACAUAAAAUCUUAGAAAUGGAAGGAAAGCACAAGGAAGAGUUGGAUACCUUAAAGGAAGAAAAAGAGAACCUUCAAGGCUUAGUUACUCGUCAAACAUAUAUAAUCCAGGAACUGGAGAAGCAGCUCAACAGAGCCACCACUAACAACAGUGCUCUUCAGAAACAGCAGCUGGAACUAAUGGACACAGUCCACAACCUUGUCAACCUUUGCACUAAAGAAGGUGUUUUGCUUAAGGGAGGAAAAAGAGAGGAAGAAAAACCAUUUAGAGACUGUGCAGAUGUAUAUCAAGCUGGUUUUAAUAAAAGUGGAAUCUACACUAUUUAUAUUAAUAAUAUGCCAGAACCUAAAAAGGUGUUUUGCAAUAUGGAUGUGAAUGGAGGAGGUUGGACUGUAAUACAGCAUCGUGAGGAUGGAAGUCUAGAUUUCCAAAGAGGCUGGAAAGAGUAUAAAAUGGGUUUUGGAAAUCCCUCUGGUGAAUAUUGGCUGGGGAAUGAGUUUAUUUUUGCCAUCACCAGUCAGAGGCAGUACACCCUAAGGAUUGAAUUAAUGGACUGGGAGGGAAACCGAGCCUACUCACAGUAUGACAGAUUCCACAUAGGAAAUGAAAAGCAAAACUAUAGGUUAUAUUUAAAGGGUCACACUGGGACGGCAGGAAAACAGAGCAGCCUGAUCUUACACGGUGCUGAUUUCAGCACUAAAGAUGCUGAUAAUGACAACUGUAUGUGCAAAUGUGCCCUCAUGCUAACAGGAGGCUGGUGGUUUGAUGCUUGUGGCCCCUCCAAUCUGAAUGGGAUGUUCUAUACUGCUGGACAAAAUCAUGGAAAGCUGAAUGGAAUAAAGUGGCACUAUUUCAAAGGGCCCAGCUACUCCUUACGUUCUACAACUAUGAUGAUUCGGCCUUUGGACUUUUGAAAGUACAUUGUCAAAAGUGACAAUGACAGCCACAAAGAAAUCCAGAGAGGAAACUACCAGAUGAGAAACAGUUUAAAAACUUCUGAGACAAACAAUAUUAUCUCCCUUCCAACCAGGGCUCGUUAUGUGAUGUUGCUGAGGUUCUUGACUGUGGAUUUGGAGCCUUUUGAGUUCAUGAAAGCCUCUACUUGGGCACUGUACUGGCAUCUUUUGACUAGAGAGAAUGUCCUUCACUGUCAUGCUUUAGAUUGAAAAGGGAGUGCUCAUCUUGCUGUGUUUUAAACUACUACUGCAUUGAAUUUGGAAACUGUGGCAGCCAGAGGAUAAUUAAAGCUUAUUGAUUUUU